AUUGUGUUGACCGUUGACCUGAAUGAACGCAGCAGAGCCGCACAAGAAGUCGAUGAAUUGGACGCUCACGCACGCCACAGCCUUCGCAGGACUCCGGAGACCGCCACACGUCCACACCGGUCGCCGCUCGCAUCGCCGCUCGCCUUCAGUCUUCUGCGGCUUCAGGCAUCACGGCUUCACCUUCAGGUAAAAAGGUUCAUAGAUGAAAAGAUCAACUAGAUCGGAUUGGACAUGUUAACAGAGUUGGACAUUUAAAAGAUGCAAAAUCUACACCGGUUGAUUAUGAAGACAAAGGCCGUGGAACUACAAUCAGCUUGUUAUUGCCCCAAUCAGCAGCAAUUUGGAUCCCUUUCCGCAUCUUUUGUCUUCUAGCCUUGUAGGUACUUUUCUUGGCGAGCAUUGUAUAACUUUCCGUGCUCCACUAGCCGCAACUUGUAGAACUCAAUGGCACAAUCAACCUCGCUUCUUGUAUUGGGAACUGUAGGGAGAAAUAGCCUCUGGAAUAUCUACCUUAAAAGUACAAGACUCAGUUCAUUGUCUUUCAGAUACAAGUACACUCAACAAAGAGCACUGUCAAACUCACACACCACAAACAGUGAAGAUCCAAUUUUGCCUGUUCUAAUCAUUGGUGCGGGACCUGUUGGACUUGCUCUCUCGGUACUCCUCACCAAAUUAGGUGUGAAAUGUGCAGUCUUGGAAAAGAACAAGGUCUUCUCUAGGCAUCCUCAAGCCCAUUUUAUUAACAAUAGAUCAAUGGAGGUUUUUCGAAAAAUGGAUGGCCUAGCAGAAGAGGUUCUGAGGUCUCAACCGCCAGUGGAGUUUUGGCAGAAGUUCAUUUACUGUACUUCUCUUACUGGUCCUAUUCUUGGCUCUGUUGAUCAUAUGCGAUCCGAAGAUUUCGAUCAUGUUGUGAGCCCCGUCUGUGUUGCACACUUUUCACAGUACAAAUUGAUCAGAUUGAUGUGCGAGCAGCUGAAAGAACUUGGAUUUCAUAUUGGGAGCAAUGAAGGGCGUAGAAUGCAUGAUGACAUUGUUUCAGAGGGGCAGCUACAAAUGGGGCAUGAGUGCAUAGCAAUACAGCCCAGCAAUGAUUUUGUUACUGUGAAGGCAUCUUUUCACGAGGAAGGAAAGUCUACUCAGAAAAACAUACAGUGUCAGUUCCUUGUCGGUACAGAUGGGGCUGGAAGUACAGUCAGAAAGCUAAUGGGAAUAAAUAUGAAAGGGGAAAAAGACUUGCAGAAACUUAUCAGCGUCCACUUCAUGAGCCACGAAUUGGGGCAAUACCUCAUCAAUGAGAGACCAGGGAUGCUGUUUUUCAUUUUUAAUGAAAAGGCUAUAGGUGUCCUUGUUGCCCAUGAUCUCAGGCAAGGGGAAUUUGUCUUGCAAAUACCAUUUUAUCCACCUCAUCAAAGGCUUGAGGACUUCAGCUCAAAGAUAUUUGAAAUAAUUUAUGAGUUGGUCGGGCAAGAACUUUCAGACAUCAAUGUGGUAGACAUAAAGCCCUGGGUAAUGCAUGCUGAAGUUGCGGAGAAUUUUCUGUCGUGUGGCAACAGAGUUAUUCUUGCUGGUGAUGCUGCACACCGUUUCCCCCCUGCCGGAGGGUUUGGGAUGAAUACUGGUAUUCAAGAUGCCCAUAAUAUUGCAUGGAAAUUAGCUUUAGUUUGUAAGGGUAUUGCACCUGCAUCAUUUCUUUCCACAUAUGAAGUAGAACGUAGACAGAUUGCCAGUUUUAAUACGUCACUCAGCGUCCAAAACUUCAAAGCAGCAAUGAGAGUUCCUGCUGCACUUGGUCUUGAUCCAACCAUUGCAAAUGCAGUACAUCAAACUCUUAAUAACACUCUUGGUUCCAUUAUACCAUCUGGACUACAAAAGACUAUCUUAGAUGGAAUUUUUAGCAUAGGCCGUGCACAGCUUUCUAAUCUUGUUUUAAAUCCAAAUAAUCCGCUUGGAUCUGCUAGACUUGAGAAAUUAAGAGAAAUAUUUGAGGAAGGACAAAGCCUUCAGCUCCAGUUCCCUGCUGAGGAUAUUGGUUUCAGGUAUCUCAGAGGAGCAUUGGUGCCUGAUGGAGAUGAUGUGUUGACUAAACCCGAAACACCCACAGGGAGAAGAAAGGAAUUUGUGCCCUCUGCAGAUCCUGGAUUCAGAUUGCCACACAUGAGUGUGGCAGCAUUAUCAAAUUCAAGUAGCAAGGUAACAUUUUCUACAUUGGACUUGGUAUCAGCAGAUAAGGUUGAGUUUCUUCUCAUUAUAGCACCGGUCGACACGUCCUACCAUCUGGCUGUAGCGGCAUUCCAGGUGGCCGAGGAAUGUAAAGUUCCUCUGAAGGUAUGCGUCAUGUGGCCCGGAGAAACUACUGGGGGAGCAAAAGGCAGAACCAAAGCUGCAUUGGUACCUUGGGAGAAUUUCGUAGAUGUUUUGGAAGUUAAGAAUCCACGAAAUCCAUCGUCUUGGUGGGACAUCUGCAAGAUGACGGACAAGGGAGCUAUUUUAGUGAGGCCUGAUGAACACAUUGCCUGGCGGGCAAAGUCUGAACUUGCUUGUGAUGCCUCUGCGGCUGAGAUGAGAAAGGCUUUUCAUGCAAUCCUUAAAGCUUAAGUGCUUAACAUACCCGCCUCUCCAUUUGCUACGUUAGGUCUCCGGUUUUAUCUGUGAUAUUAUGUUUGAAUAAUAAUAUUUGUGAUGUCUACAGAUUUGAUUUUCAGUUUUCUCGCUUUCCUCUAUUCGAGGCAUCUUCUUUAAUGUUAUUGAAAUAAAACUCGUUGAGAAAAUAAAAUUACAUCAUUGUACAUUGGGAAAACAUUACUAUAGUUAGUGAAAUGUAAAAGUAGAACAUGUAAUAAUGGUAAAUAUUAUUCUGAUUUUG